CAUAUUCUCACGGCAUACGAGUCACGUGAUUUUUCAAGGCGGAGAUGAAGCAAAAUGUGGUUAUUAUUGCAGCAGGAUUUUCAUGUGUGCUUUGCGAAGUUUGGAAAUAUUUUUUAGAAAUUUUACCGUGUUUUUUUAGUGUCAAAAUAAGCUCUCCAAAAUCCCAGACACAAAUCUUAUGAAAUUUCUUUCUUUUUUAACUGACACUGAAAUUUUAUUUAGUUAAACAAGUUUCCAAGUAUUAUUAAACUCUUUGACGGUUACAUUAUCUUUAAUGAGUGCCACUAGUCCGGCCAGAAGAUUGCAUAUGCUUCUUCGCCCUACAGCAACUUCAGCGUCUAAUUUUUUCCUGAAUAAAUCAUUUAAUGGACAAUUUACUGCGGUUGUGGGGUUAUCCAGCUCUCAUAAAGUAGAUCAACAGUAUGUCAGUUGGACAAGCACGAGACGAAAUUAUAGUACAAAAAGGGACGAUGUUGUCGACGUCAAGGAAGUUAUUAUUCCAGUUCCGUGGGGGCACAUUGCUGCUCGUCACUGGAAUGGGUCCGAUCCCACCAGAAAACCUAUAUUAUGCUUACACGGAUGGAAAGAUAACGCUGCAACGUUCGACACCCUGUUCCCCCUCCUUGUUCCUGAACUUCCGCAAUAUCAAUUCUUAGCGAUCGACCUGCCUGGGCAUGGCAAAUCGUCACACUUUCCUCCAGGGAUGAUUUACUCAGUUCAAGACAUGUGGGUCGCCAUACGCCGAAUAUUGAAACAUUUCGAUUGGAAAAGAAUAUCAAUCAUUAGUCACUCGAUGGGGUCGCAAAUCAGUUUCAGUUAUAGCGGUACGCAUCCCGAAGUAGUUGAAAAAUUGGUCACCAUUGACGCCCUUUCCCCCCUCGUCCUCUCUCGGGAAGAAACAAUCAGCAUGAUCCCCAAAUUGACCUCUGACAUAUUAAAGUUUGAGCAUAAGCUUGCAACUGGAACCAGGCCGUCGUACAGUUAUGACGAUAUUGUUGCCAAACUGGUGAAAACGCAUGUCGGCGGAUUGGACGCAGCGUCGUGUAAGAAAUUAAUGACUCGCGGAGUUGAAGAACAUCCCCCAGGUUCUGGCAUGUAUCAGUUUACACAUGAUAUUCGGGUCCAUUACAUGCCCGUUACGGGGAUAAGUUCCAGACAAGUCAGCUUUAUCGCCAGAAAUUUCAAGAGUGAUAUUUUGAACAUAAAAGCCACUGAAGGUGUCAACUAUACCCGUCCCUACAUCAAAACCAGGAUCGAAGAUUGGCUCGCUAAUGGCGAGGACGGCAAACCAAAAGGAAAUCUGGUCCGUUUUGUCGACGUGGAAGGAAAUCAUCAUCUCCAUUUGAUAAAUCCAGUCAGCGUUCUACCCUAUAUCGUCAGAUUCCUGGAUCACGAAAAACAUCAUGUACAAAAUCAUCUCCACCAAAAAAAGCUGCGUGCUGCUCACGAUAAAAAUUUUAAAAACUGAUGGAAAAUUAUUGCUUUAAUUUUGCUCACAUUAUUUUAAUACGGUGCUCUAAUUUCUGAGAUUUACCUAGUCUAUGACUAGUUUCGUAUUAAAUUUAACGCUACCUCACACGGUUUUAAUGCCUGUGUUCAUAAUACUUAUUAUUGCACUGACAUGAUAUACUUGUAAAGGAAACGAAGCAAAUAAAUUAGAAUGUUUAGAUUUUUA